UUGAGUGUGAAAAAACCUUGUCCAGCUCAAGAUAUGACUGAAAUAUGGGGCUUUAGGCUCCACACCUCGAUGCCGCCCCGUCCCCGCCCCUAGGAUGCUGUCAGAGUUAUCAUGAGUCCGACUCGGCCUCUGGGCUGGUCCCGCCUGUUGGGCGUGCUAUUGGCUGUGCUCGUGCCAGGGACGGCGUCCACGGCCUUCGUGUGUCCGGAUGGGUGCUUUUGCGAUGUCAAGAAGGCGUCUCACGUUCCCGGCCAAAGUGGACUCAAGGUCCAAUGUCUGCCUUUAGUGGCGGAUGUGUCCAUGGAUUGGAGCUCUCUACCCGCCCAAACCAUUCAACUAGAUUUGGCCAAAUACGGCUUGAACGAAUUGACGGCCCAACAUUUGGCCUCCAUGCCUUAUUUGCAAAAAUUGGAUUUGCAGAACAACCAAAUCGCCAUCAUUGAAGAGGGCACUUUUGCCGCCAAUACCGAGCUCGAGGUCUUGGAUCUGUCCAUGAACCAGUUGGAAGUGGUGGCCUCCGAGACUUUUCGCGGUUUGAUCAAAUUGGAGCGGCUCAAAUUGAAUGAUAAUCGAAUCCAAACCUUGGAGGAAGGCGCUUUCCGAGACUUGAAGGCCUUAAAGAAGCUCGAACUGAAUGACAACCCCAUCAUUUGUGAUUGUCAUAUCGCCUGGUUUUUGCGUUGGUUGGAGCGGGAUCUCGAGAUCUUGGGCAAUGCGGGCAAAACUCGCUGCGCUUUGCCCAUUGCUUAUGCCGAUUCACCCUUGCGGAAGGUGCAACCCGAUCGUUUGAGUUGCGCGGGAAUGGGCGGGCCAGAUUGGGCGGUGCCGCGACCGGAGAUCGUGAUGCCGCCUCCCUUAUUAGGCCAGUCGGGCAUAGUGCGGCUCAUUCCGCACGACAAGCAAAUCAGUUUUCGCGGUGAUGUGGUUGAAAUCCAAUGUCAAGCGCACAAGAAGUUUCCCGAGCAAAAAAUUCAGUGGUUAAUUCGAGGCAAUCCCCUGUUUCCGGAUUCUCACGCCAAUAUGAGCAUCUCGGAAGUCGCCAUUCCCGAAACCGAGUUGCACCAAAGCACCCUAAUCGUCAAAGGGGUCCAAGCCGAUCAUUCCGGCGAGUGGGCAUGCUUCUUGGAGGACGACUCCAACAAUCGAGCCAAUUUCCGCUCUUUGAAUGUGUUUGUGGCUUCCCCUAGCACCGAUUUCUGUCCCCCUUUCAGUUCCAAGACCUCCCGAGGGAUUUACACAUGGGGCAUGGCUAUCGGAGGCACCAUUCAAAUGCAGCCUUGUCAAAGACACCUCGACAACGGAAUGAUCGGACUUGCCUUCUUGUUAUGUCGCGAGAACGGCGAAUGGUCGGCCACUGUGAACACCUCCCAAUGUGCUUACACCAAUGAUGUCACGGACAAUUUGCACAAAUUUGCCUCCAUGAACCUAACCCUCACGCCCAAGUUGCUGCUUCAGAGCUCGAAACAAUUCCUCAACUUUACCGAUAAUCCAAAGGUCUUCCAAGACGAGAUGGAUGUGGUGUAUUUCUCGCAAGCCGUCGAGAACUACUUACCUUAUCUCAGCCGGACCUCGGUCGAUUUGGGUCGUUACGUUAUGAGCAUGAUUGAGAAUGUGCUCCACGUCAAUCCCGGACUAAUGAGUCAGGCCCAACUUCGGGAUAAGGCCUGUGCCCGACUCUUGCACGUAGUAAGUAACGUGACCCGUGUGAUCCGGGGAUUCACUCACUACACCAGGGAUCUGGCCAUCGAAACCUACAGCAUCAAGGUCAAAACAUUUGAUGGAGUCACGUGCACGUGGUACAACUCAAACGGUGAUAACGGAAACUACCCACGACUCUCGCCGGGAAAAGUGUUCCAUUGUUCCCAAGUGAACAAAACCGUGCCUUCCAUGGGAAAAGUCAUUCUAGCCUCAGUGGCCAUUCCCAAGUCGAUCUAUCAGCAAAUCGCCCAACUCUCGCCAACCUCCCCUGAUCCAUUGGGAAUGGUGGCUUUCGACAAGCCCAAUCUCUUCCCCACCACAAUGAGUCAUCCGGACUACAAUCCCGUGACUGCCACCGUCAUUGGCGCUCAUCAUAGUCAACCCGUUGGUCUACUCAAUGAACCCGUGAGUGUGGUAAUCCGUAGUGAUGAGCUUCACGAGCCUCAUUUGGUUCAGCCCGUGAUUUGGGAUCCACAGAGUAAUGGAGGAUUCGGCUCGUGGCAAUCCAAGAACUGUCAAUUGAUUCGUUCACAGUUUGGAUUGAUCUGGUUUACUUGUAAUAAAUUGGGUUAUUACAGCUUUCGACUUUCCAAACUGACCGGUGUGGUGAACGCCUCCGGUCAAACGCUCUUCCGAUAUCACCAUCCCUUGAUUUACGUGGGUGCUGUUGUGUGUAUUGUACUACUGCUCGUGUCCACGGUGGUCUUUGGUAUCUCCUUUCACUCGAUUCAGAUCUCCAGACAGCUCAAACACGCCCUGAUCAAUGUCUGGAUUGGUCUGAGCUCACUUAUGUUCGUGUUCGCGGCUGGCAUUCAUCAGACGGAACACCAUCUCACUUGCGUGAUCGUUGGGUUCGUUUCGCAUUAUCUCACUCUGUGUAAUCUCAUAUGGAUCGUGAUCAGUGUGCAUGUGAUCUUUCAAAAGGCCAACAGUUUCCAAGCCAAGCACAAUCGACAGACCAACACGGCUUUUCUCAGACCUCACAAUGAACCUGAUGGCCUUUUACGAGCCCCAGAUCGCCCGCUUCGCCGGCCCAUUAUCCGGUUCUAUUUACUCGGUUGGGGCUCGAGUGCCCUUUUGUGCGGUUUGGUAGCGGCCUUUAACAUCGCUCAUUACACCGCAGGAAACCACUGCUUCAUGAAACUGACCCCUUUCCUUGUGAGCGUGGUCGUGCCAGUGGCUCUGUUAACGGCAAUAAUGAUCGGAUUCUCACUCUCGGCAUGGUGUGUGAUCGCGUCUUCGCCUAGUCAGGCCAGUGAACAUCUGGGAUCCGAGUCUCGAUCUCACCGAACCACGAGCAUGACCAGUGUGGUCUCAAAUCUUCUCCCGGAUCGAGAGAAAACGGUUCGAUCUCUCCUCUUAGCUCAUGCCUAUAUUUAUGUACUGUUUCUAAGUACUUGGAUGUGCGGCUCCUUGUCCGUGAUCCAACCUCUGAAAGGCAACCUGCCUUACGAGGAGUUGAUCUUUGCCAUUCUGUUCACAAUUUCGGCCAUUUCUUUGGGUGUAUUCGUGUUUGUCUAUUUCUGUGCUUCACGUCACGACGUUCAAGAAUGCUGGCGAAAUCCUUUUUGUGUGGCAGAUUACCUUUUUAGUGGCGGUCAUCAUCUCAAGCAACAGCAAUAUCCAGAGUACCCUCCUCCAGAGCUGGAGAUCAGUUCUCAUUUGAUCCAGCAUAAUGAAGGUGCUCUGAAUUCGCAAAUUGGAACGUUGAAUCAUCCCUCAGCGAGUGAGGCGGGUGUAUCCAGGAAUGCCUUUAAUGUCAACCAGGAUGGAUUUCAGAUCUACGACUCCAAUCUGGAUGGAGACUACCGUCAUCAUCACCACCCACAACCCAUCGGAUACGAGAAGAUUAAAGACACGAAUGUUUUCGCCAAAGACUCGGGCCCGGGAAGCGACCAUGCUUCCUUGAACAACGCCAAUCAUCUCAGACGAGGUUAUGUGGCCCCUGCCAAUUCUGUGAUGGCCUCCGAUGCCGACUACGGUUACUGUCCUUCCGGCAACAGUAUUUUCGGGCCCAGCUCCACUAAAGUGAACAAUCUUAAUAUUCAUGUGGACCCGCCCACAUUCAGGAGAGACAAACUAACGCAAAAGCAGCCUCAAACCUCAUCACCAAUGGCCGGACAUCACGGUUUAAGCGAUGAGCCGGAUCUAACCAUAAGUCCAUUGCAACUACAGCAACAACAACAGCAGCAACAUCUACCGCACAAAAAGCUACAGGUCGAACCCGAAUACACAGAAAGUUUGACCAUCAAAAUGGGAGCUCCUUGUCAAUUGGCCAGUUUCACCACGGCUGAUUUCCCCCCGGGGUACGGAUCCUCGUCGGCUCACCAAUCCAGUCCCAAAAAUCGCACCUCUAGUCUCCCAUACAAGACAGAUCGGCACAAAAAGCAACGUUACCACCCAAAGCAUAAACCCGUUCUCGAGGACGAGGAUGCAAUUAUUCGAGCCUCGGAUUUCGAUCAUUUGGAGACCCAAUCCAAAGCCAGUAGUAGUGUUUACAGUAGUCGCUCGGGAAGGAGCAGGAAGCGCCACAAGAAACCCACCCGAAAAAAGCGCUCAAGGAGCGAAUUGGAGGCCAUGAAAAACAAUAGCAGCUUGAUGGGGAGUGCAACGGGCGAGCAGCAAUUAUUGGAGGAAGAUGACGACUAUCUCGGAGAGGAAGAGGACGAGGAUGACGCCAAAGUCGCUAGUCACGAAGUUGAAUCCCCGUCGCCUUCCCCACACGAGAGUGACUCCAACAAGAUCACUGCCCAAGAUAUUCCAAACCGCGAAACCAGCGUAUGAAACCUCCCCAAACCUUAGAUCUCUCCAGGGCUCUCGCUUGUCCCUAGUACAAAAUCUAAUCCUUUCAUCAGUCUUUGUGCAUUUACAUAUUCUUACACACCCAUACCAAUAUACAUAGGAGUUUCAAUGA